UAUUAUGGCAGCAACCCUUCAAUCAAUCUGGAUUAAGUCGCACCGAGAUCCGCGUCGCUCCCCGGCGAAAGCCCCGUGAAAAGCGACACGAACAUCUGGCCGGACAGCGCGCGCGCGCGCGGCACCGGUCGCUCACUGCGCCGCAGACACUAAACAGCCCGUCGCCACAGAAGGCGUUUUUCUCUCCUGGAGGUGCACGCACGGGCGGAUGCGCAGCAGAGGAGAGUCCCGCCGCACAGCUGCACCCCCACAUCCACGCCGGGACCCUCCGGGCGGCGUUUUCCACAAUUCCGGAAUUCUUCUUCUUCUUCUUUUUUUUUUUUGUUUCCGAAAGUGGUGAGCGGAUCGGAGAGGACUCCGGCUCCCGUACGUGCCGGUCAUGGAUUUGGUUGAAGGGCAUCGCUGAUUUGGUAACAGGCCGUCGCGUGUUACAGCCGCCGAGGCGCGCGAUUCGCGACACCUGAAAUCGUCUCCUCGCGGUCCCAUUUUCGGCGAGCUCGCGGCGUCAGGAUGCUCGCGGCCCCCCCGCCGGGAGGAAAUACGCUCCAACACACCCUCCUCCUGCGCUGACUCGGCUUGAUGUUUCAUCUGCAAGGUGCGUUGACCUGACUGAGAAGCCCGAUGGAGUGCCUCCUGGUUUUCCUCAUAGUCUUCGGCGUGGCUGGGAAGGCCCACAAAGUUCAGGUCUGCCCCAAACGCUGCGUCUGCCAGGUGCUGAACCCCAACCUGGCGACUCUGUGCGACAAAAAGGGGCUCCUCUUUGUGCCCCCCAACAUCGACAGGCACACGGUGGAGAUGCGCCUCGGGGAUAACUUUGUCACCAGCGUCAAACGCAAAGACUUCGCCAACAUGACCAAGCUGGUGGACCUGACGCUCUCCCGGAACACCAUCGGCUCCAUCGCGCCGCUGGCUUUCAAAGACCUGGAGAACCUGCGAGCGCUUCACCUGGACAGCAACCGCCUGGCGCGCAUCAUCAACGACACCUUCAGCGGCAUGUCCAAGCUGCACCACCUCAACCUCAACAACAACCAGCUCACGCACAUCCAGAUCGGGGCUUUUAACGAUCUGACGGCGCUGGAAGAGCUGGACUUGUCCUACAACAACUUGGAGAGUGCGCCGUGGGUGGCCAUCCAGAGGAUGUCCAAUCUCCACACCCUCAACCUGGACCACAACAUGCUCAGCUACAUCCCAGAGGGCACCUUCUCUGGACUGCAGAAGCUCAAGCGGCUGGACGUGACUUCCAACAAGCUGCAGAAGCUUCCUCCCGACCCGAUAUUCCAAAGAGCCGGGGUCCUGGCCACCUCGGGCAUCAUGGGGCCCACCUCGUUCGCGCUGAGCUUCGGAGGAAACCCGCUGAGGUGCAACUGUGAGCUGCUGUGGCUGCGCAGGCUGCGGAGGGAGGACGAUCUGGAGACCUGUGCCUCGCCGCAGCACCUCGCCGGACGUUAUUUCUGGACGGUUUUCGAGGAAGAGUUUGUGUGUGAGCCUCCGCUCAUCACCAGGCACUCUCAGGAGCUGCAGGCUUUGGAGGGUCAGAGUGUGACUCUGCGCUGCAAGGCCAGAGGCGACCCUGACCCCAUUAUCCACUGGAUCGCGCCUGAUGGACGCCUGAUGUCCAACUCCUCCAGGGCCGCCGUCCACACAGACGGCACGUUGGACAUCCUCAUCAGCACCGUCAAGGACUCUGGCUCCUUCACCUGCGUGGCCUCCAACCCGGCGGGCGAGGCGCAGCAGACGGUGGAGCUGGUCAUCGCUAAGCUCCCUCACAUCACCAACAGCACAGUGGCGGAGCAGGAGCCCGACCCCGGGUCGUCUGACAUCGCCACGGUGACCAAGACGGGCGCGGACGGGGGAGGGUCGCCCCUGGGGAACGCAAAGACGAGCCCGGAGAAGAAAGUGGUGAUUGCCGAGGCCACGUCCACCUCGGCCCUGGUCCAGUUCAACUUCCAGAGGAGCAUCCCGGGAAUACGCAUGUUUCAGAUCCAGUACAACGGCAGCUAUGACGAUUCGCUGGUUUACAGAAUGAUUCCCCCGACCAGUAAGAGCAUCCUGGUGAACAACCUGGCGGCCGGCACGCGGUACGACCUGUGCGUGCUGGCCAUCUACGAUGACCAGGUGACCUCGCUGACCGCCACCCGGGUGAUCGGCUGCAGCCACUUCACCACCGAGCCGCAGUACCUGCGGUGCCAUUUCAUGCAGUCCCAGUUCCUCGGCGGCACCAUCGUGGUUAUCAUCGGGGGGAUCAUCGUGGCCUCGGUGCUCGCCUUUAUCAUCUUCCUCAUUGUGCGCUACCGGGUGUGUAACCAAGGAGAUGCAGAUAAGGCGCUGGAGAUGGGCGAUGUUCGCUCGCUGAGCAGCGACGGGCAGCUGCAGGGCUGCGGCGUCCCCAAGUCGCUCUCCAAGCAGGUCCUGCGUCCGGAGAAGACCGAGAAGGACUCGCUCCUCAGAGUCGCCCUGCCGCCCCCGGAGACGAGCAAGCAGCGUCCGCCGGUCGGCAACGCGGGCGGCAACAAACCGUCCGUGCCCGACUGCACCGUCUCCACCUCGGCCGCCAGCCACAGCUGGCACCCGGCCUCCCCCGGCGCCCCGAGGCCCAAGCGCUCCACCGCGCCGCCGAAGACCUCCGAGGCCCACCGGGCCGAAGCCCGGGCGGACGUCGAGCUCGACGGCGCCAACCGCAAUAACUCGACGCCCGAGGUAAAAAUGGCCGCCGCCGCCCCAGCCCCCACCAAGUGGACCGCUGUCCCCAGGGGCCCGCGGCCCCAACAGGCCCCCCGCCACUACAUGACUGUGCCUGCGGGGGGAGCGAGGGUGAACCGCAGGCACUCCCUCGCCGCGGACUCACAGCCGGAGCGCUGCCACGUGGCCCGCCCCAAACCCGGGGCCGGCCUGCGCUCCAAGCGGAGCCUGUCGAUGAGCGGCGAGCUGCCGCAGCUGGCGGGCGCGGCGAGCGUCCGGCGGGCCAGAGACAAGCUCUCCAAGUCCGAGUGGCUUCUGGAGAGCACUUUGUGAUUCGGAGUCCACGACCUGCGUUCUCUCGUUUCCUUCGGCUUGGAUUUGUGACCCGUCAGUGGACACGCAGGGAUUUUAUGCCUUGUUUGGAGCUUCUUGAGGAACCUGCAAGCUUUUCUAAUGUAAAUAUAUAUACAUACAUAUAUAUGUAUGUAUAUAUAUAUAUAUAUAUAUAUAUAUGUAUUUAUAUACAGGGGAAGCAGGCCUGCAGUGUGGAACGUUUCACAUUUGUUUUCUACCUUAUAACCAAUCAAAGUUGUCUUUAUAUCGACUUUUGACGAAAGGCACAACGAUGUAUCAAACGACGUGAUGUACAAAAUGUUUAGCUGUGUGAGAUGCUGUAUAUCUCAGUGCAACCUUUAAGUGUCCAACGUGGUAUCGAAUGCAGCGACUUACUGUGAUCAUGACAAAGAGAGAAACAGCCUCCGUAGACUUUGACAGCGAAUCCUUGUCUCCGGCUCCACAGGCGGACGAUGACGUGUCGUAAUUACCUUCGGAGAGAGUCCGCUUCACGUCACGCAGCUGUUGGGACAGAAUGUAGUAGGAAGACGGCGCUCCAUCUUUCCACGGCGAUGCCGCCCCCACCCCCCCCGACGCACAAUGCAGUAUUUUAGUGGCACGAGUCGACUCGGCCUAAUUCUGCCCUCCGGUUCGAAUCGAUACAUCUUCAUCACGUCAUCGCAUAAAGACUCGACUCUGCGGGGAUUCGGUUGGGGGCUGAUUGAACAGGUGCGGCAGGUAAUCGGAGAUCACGCGCGGAUGAGAUCCAGAGGAAUGUUCUGUCACCAUAUUUUUUACUCACCGGCGUAACCGUGUCGAUGGCGAACGUUGUAAAUGAACUUGUCGGCGUGAGAGAAGCCGUGAUCACACGUCAGCUCAUGAUUUUGCUGUUGUUUCUGUUUGAUGUUUACCAGUAUAAAUAAACCAGUGACAAAAGGGGAAAAACUCAA